UCGUAUAAAUGAAAUACAUUUUUGGGUAACCUAAAAAAAAAUUUUGAAUUAUCCAUUCAGAAGUCUCUAACUUCAGGUGAUGCCAUGUUCUUCUUUUGGUUCUUUCCUACCUUUUUUGUGUGUGUUUAACCAGGCUGCUGAAAAAUGUACAACCCAUCCUUUUGUCGGCCCCUGGGUUCAAUUACAGCUUCUACAGAAAGACUUUUAGUGUCUUCAUUCAGGCAAAGGUUCACCAGCAACGUUGGUCCACAGAUUCUUCAUCCUCCUCCGGUUCUUUUACUUUAGUUCACUGAAAGGGUGAGUGGGUGGAUGGAGCGCACAGAGAGAGGAAGAAACAGACGGAAAGGUGUGUGGGGGGAUGAGAAAGGAGAGAGAGAGAGGGAGAUUAGAGCUACUCUGUUGGACUCAGAAGAACUGCUGUACUGUGGAGUAAUGUGAUGGAGGAGCAAAAGCGCAGGCUGCUAUUCAUGUGGUAGAAGAUAAAAAAAAACAACUCUUCCAGAUGGAAACAGGUGACUGUUUAUUCAGUUUGUUACCACACAUGAUUGAACUGCAAACAGUUUCUUUUGCUUCAUCAUUGACGACACUUGAAGACUGACUGAGGCUGGACCAUCGCCGUACCAUCUGAGCUAAACUUAUUGAAAACAAAAUACUUUUUAUAACGGUCUUAAAGUCGCAUUAGAUCCCGAAAGACAAAUUUAGCAUCUACUGAGGCUAAGAAAAAAGAAGAAAGGCACAAGAAGAUAAGUUUAAUCUAAAUUAUUUUGUUUUAUGGUGAUGACACCAGCAAAUACAGCAGCUGUAGUCAGACCACAGUAGCUUUUCUUUAGGAAAAUCUUGAAUCAUUUCCAAACAUCCAGGGUAAUAUGUUUAAAUAUACUUCAACUUGUACAGAGUGAGACCAGUUUAAGGCACCAAAGUCAGAAAUAUUCAACUCAACCGCUGCAGAUUAGCCAUGCACUCCAGGUUAGGCCACUUCGACCUCCCAGCACUCCUGGCUUUGCUCCUCUUGUGGGGACUUCCAAGAUCAAGGGGCCAGAACGACACGGAGCCCAUCGUCCUGGAGGGGAAAUGCCUGGUUGUAUGUGAUUCCACACCUUCAUCAGAGCCGGCUGGGAACGCUCUGGGCAUGUCGGUCCGCUCCGGAUCUGGACGGGUGGCCUUCUCUGUCAGUCGCCAGACGAAUCACGAGCCCACAGACAUGAGCAACCGCACCAUGAUCAUCUACUUUGAUAAUAUCUUGGUGAACGUCGGCUCUCAUUUUGAAUCAGAGAGCAGCGUCUUUCUGGCUCCGAGGCGAGGGGUUUACAGCUUCAACUUCCAUGUGGUGAAGGCCUACAACAGGCAAACCAUCCAGGUCAGCCUGAUGGUCAACGGUUGGCCCAUGAUUUCAGCUUUCGCCGGGGACCAGGAUGUGACCAGAGAAGCUGCUACCAAUGCUGGGCUGGUGAUCAUGGAGAAGGGGGAUAAGGCCUACCUCAGACUGGAGAGGGGGAACCUGAUGGGAGGCUGGAAAUACUCCACCUUCUCUGGGUUCCUGGUCUUCCCGUUGUGAGGCCUGUACAUGGAGAGAUGUGAAGGUGACAGCCGGAGAAAAGAAACGGGAGGAUAGAUAAAAUUUAAAAAAUAAUAAAGAGAUUUAGGCUGUAACUUUAAUAUAAAGUGCAUGAAAAGCAACACAUUUUAUGCAAAAUGCAGAUAUGAUUGUGCAAAUUCUAUUUAUUUUCUAAUUAUAUAAAGAACCAGGAAACGUGUGUCUGUGAGUUGAGUUUGCUCUGUUUCUGUGCGUAAAUAUUUGAUGGGCUUUUUUUUCACAGUAUCAAAAAUAUCAAGUGACCAUGUGCGACGUGGGCUUCUGUGCUAAAACUAGGUGCGAGUGCCUCUUUGCUUCGUCUGUGUUCCACAUGGCAUCCUGUGUAGCGUAAAACUUGCUAAAAUUAGCCCUUUCUUCUGCGUGUCUUGUGUGUUUGGAUGCUCCUGUGCAGUACACGUCCGUCCAAAAAUGUCUAUUUAAACUGAAAUUUCUAUUAGGGAGAACAUUUUAAAUAAAGAACUGUAAAAUCUC